AUGAAAUCGCAGCAAGAUGGUAGCGAUGAUAGCUCAAUCAAGAAGCAAAACAACAAGAAGAAUCCAGACAGAAAUGAUAAUACCACCGCAGUAACGGAAUCACACAUUCACCAGGUGCAAGUUCAUUUGGAAGAAGAAGAAAUAGGAACAGGCGAGCAAGAUGGCUCCUUUCGUAGGUGGCUUGUUGAAUUGAAGGCAUCUAUUUGCGCCCCUCAAACUUCAGCAAUUCCAUUAAGCAGACGUCAUGAUCGAUCUACUGUACUCACUCAAAGGAUACAAAUUCGAGCAUACCAAAGAGUUUACAACGCGGUCAACAUGCAUAAGAACUAUUUGCACGGUCAUUGCGCAAGCUUUAUCGUCUUCUUGUCGCCUCUUGGAAGUGACAUUUGGUCCAAGAAUCACGCUUAA